UGAAUGGAACCGUAAGAAACUAGCUUCAACCAGAACAUUAAUUUUCAGCUAAACUUGCAGCCAACAACCUUGACCUUAAUUUCUCCUUUCUAGCCACUCUAUUUAUUUAGGCUCCAGACCAAAAGCCUCAGUUGCAACUGAAUCAUCAUACAAUUUUUUUUUCUUUCCGUCUGAAUCAUCUGCAAAAUUAUGGCUAGUGAUCUGCAAAAAUCAUUCGUAGAAGAACAUGCAGGAGCAGAAAUUACAUAUGGAGCUGAAGAAUGCCACCGCCGUAUUAUAGAGCUCUUGCAAGACGUCGGAUUUCCCCAAGGGGUGCUUCCUCUUAAAGACCUUGAAGAAUUUGGCUAUGUGCGCAAAACUGGAUUUGCAUGGAUGAAACAAAAGGCUCCGUACGAGCAUUAUUUUUCUUCAAUUAAAAUCCUCGUACGUUAUGAGACUGAGGUCACUGCAUGCGGGGAGAAAGGUAGGAUGAAAAAAAUAAGUGGUGUUAAGGGUAAGCAGCUGAUUCUUUGGGUGCCUGCAGCUGAGAUGAGCAUUGGUUCUGAUCGAAGCAAAUUACAUUUUAAGACUCCUUUGGGAAUUGGAAAGUCUUAUCCCAUUACUGCUUUUAUGACUGAUGAGGAAAAGGAGAAAGCCAAUCAAUGAGUAGUGCAUCAUAUUUGCACUUGUAAUGCAUGUACAAUAUCAACUAUCGAGGUCGGAUCUACCAUAAAAAGUAUGGUUCAGCAGAAUCCAAACCUUAUAUUGUAUUAACAAAUUCACUGAAUAUGCAUAUGUAAUAAAUUUUAAAGCCUAGAUAUGCCUUUGAUUUUCACUCACUAUAUUUGUUAGAAGCUAAUUAAUUUGCUUUUAUCAAUUUCUUGCACAAAAGCAUGCUAGUGCUAGUUAGUUAAAGAAAAAAACGUUCAUCAUGAAUUGAGUAAUUAUUCAUUUGUUUUUGCUUUCAUCGCAUUAGUUAUCAAAAUGGCUGUCCUCUACAGCUGGUUAAUUGUAUUUUUAUGGUAUGACGAUUUGGAAGCAUGCAUGAUGCAGCAUCACAUUUC